GCAUUGAUCGACGACUCGUUGUCCAGUCAUUCUCAGUGUCGAGUGAAGAAGCGGUUCAAAGUUGAAUAAGUGUCUGCUUGUACGUCACGUCACAACAACUGAGCGUAAAGCGAAAAGUGCUGAAUCGGAACUCGAAACAGUUCAGCGAUGAAACUUUUGAACAUGAAGUGAUCAAGACGGUGUAGUGAGACUGAGAUAUUGCACUUGAUCCUAACCCGGGGUUAAAGAUCAUCGCCGAUUGUGGUGGUAGAUUACCGGAACUAAUUUAAGCAACCCCACUAGACGACUAAACGAUGGCAUCGGGACUUGUCUUGGUGUUGCUGGCGGCUCUCGUACAAGCUGGUUCCGGUCAUCGGAUACUAGGUCUGUUCGGACACCCCGGGCUGAGUCACUUCAAGGUGUUCUACCCGAUCGUGCGAGGACUCGCGGAAGCUGGCCAUGAAGUUACGGUUGUCAGCUACUUCCCUGGACUGGGAGAACCGCACGCGAAUCUCACCGAGUACGAGUUCAAGGGUCAGAAAGUGGUGACCAACGCGUUCAGCAUGGAGGACUUUUCCGGACGCACCUUCAUGGACAACUUCAAGGAGUUCUACUCGCUGGCUAUGUGGGGACACGAGACUUGCAAAGCUGCCCUGUCUUCGCCGGCGUUGGACCAAGUUCUGGCCGAACAUCGGCGGAAGCCGUUCGAUUUACUGCUGACGGAGUUCUUCUCCACGGAUUGCCUGCUUGGGCUGAGUCACGUGCUGCGACUUCCGCUUGUCGGUAUGAGCAGUUGCGCUCUGAUGCCGUGGCACUACGAUCGCGUGGGUCUUCCGGACAGUCCCGGGUACAUCCCGUCGGAGUUUAGUACCUUUUCGGAGCGUAUGAGCUUCCUGGAGCGGUUUGAGAAUUGGUUUGUGACGAGGACGACCAAGCUGCUGUAUCGGGUGGUGGAGUGGAACGACAAUCGAUUAUUGGCGGGAAGGUUCGGAGAAGGAGUGCCGGAUGUUCGGGAUAUUGCGCGGAAUACCAGCUUGCUGUUGGUUAAUCAGCACUACACGUUGAGCGGAGCUCGACCGCUUGUUCCAGCGGUCGUUGAAGUCGGUGGAGUUCAUAUCGGACCGUCGAAGCCGCUACCUGACGAUCUUCAGCGCAUUUUGGACGAUGCUAAAGAGGGUGUUUUGGUUAUUUCCUUCGGGUCGAUUCUACGCGCAUCGACGCUUCCUGCCGCGAAACGGGAAGCUCUGUUGAGUGCACUGAAGCGGAUUCCAAUGAAGGUUAUCUGGAAAUGGGAGGAUGAAAACGCGAAGGAUAUGCCGAAGAACGUGAUCGUAAGGAAGUGGCUUCCUCAGAGGGAUGUCCUGUGUCAUCCGAAUGUUCGCCUCUUUUUGAGUCACGGUGGAUUGCUCGGAGUGUCGGAAGCCGUCCAUUGCGCUGUGCCGGUUGUAGUUAUGCCGAUCUACGGUGAUCAGUUUUUGAAUGCGAUGGCGUUGGUCAACCGAGGAAUGGGAGUCAUCAUGCACUACGACAAGAUCGAUCCGGAUUACGUGCACGGUUGCAUCCAGGAAGGUCUUCGGAAGGAAGUUCGCGACUCGGCCGUAGCCGUUUCGGCAGCGUUCCGUCAUCGUACGUUAUCCCCCUUGGAGCAAGCAGUUUGGUCGAUCGAGAAUGUCCUCACGCAUGGAUCCCGAAGGUUGGAGAAAUCGUACGGAAGUGAGGUGUCAAUGGCGGUGUACUACUCAUGGGAUGUGAUAUUCGUGUUUGGAGCGAUGAUUUUAGCUGUUUUGGUUUCUAUGAGAAAAGGUUUCAAGAUUGUUUUCGGGAAGAAAUGUGAUGUGAGAGGUCAAGGAAGCAAAGUGAAGCGGUCGUAAAGCAUAUUAGUCGAGCAAGAUAUAUUUUUGAUAAUUCUUACAGCAGAUUGUAGAUUGUGGGAAUUUGUCGCGUAGUUAGGAAAUUUUAAAUAAUAGAAUGUUGAACCACA